CAAUUCAGUGAUAUACCCCUUGUGUGGCGUCGUUUGUUUUAUUUUCAUUUAAAAGUAUUUCUCGUAUUUCGCUGGAAAAUAGUGGGAAAAUGGGUUCAAAAAAGCACAAAAAACACAAAAGUGAACGUCGGGAUCGCUAUGAAGACCCAAAUCUCAGUCCGGGACGCCCGCCGAGUCUCAAAUUGAUACUAAAAGUGGGGAGUAAUUCCACACCGGAGUAUGGGAAUGAUUCCCCGGCGUAUGGGGUGCAGAAUGAGCAGUACCUCCAUGAGUUGCAUGAGCGACAUAAGAAGAGUAAGAAAAAGAAGAAGAAAAAGGAUCGUGAGAAGAAGCACAAGCACCACCACAAGGAGAAACGCCGGCAUAGGGAUGACUCCAGCUUCGAUGAGAGCAUUGGGGAGGAUAGUCAAAUGCAGGAUAUGAUGCGAUAUGGUGGUAGUACGAAGGGAUUGGCACAGCUACGAUCUCCGGAAUCGAUUUCAUCGCAAGAUCACAACAGUCCCGGAUCAAUUCAGUCACCGCAGCAAUUCCAUCAGAAGGCGGAUAAGCAGGCACAAGAUGGGAGUGGUCGUGAACCGAGACAGUGUGUGCUGAAGCUGAAGCAGAGUCGAUCGCCAUUGGCUAAGAUUCUCGAUCAUCUCCUACGGAGUCUCGAGAAGAGGGAUCCUCAUCAAUUUUUUGCAUGGCCCGUGACAAAUGACAUUGCUCCCGGGUAUUCAGCCAUCAUUACGAAGCCAAUGGACUUCUCGACGAUGCGCCAGAAAAUCGAUGAGAAUGCCUACGCGACGAUUCAGGAGUUUGGCGAUGAUUUCCGGUUGAUGUGUGAGAAUGCAAUAAAGUACAAUCACGUUGAGACGGUGUACCACAAGGCGGCCAAGAGACUCCUCCAUGUGGGUGCACGAAUGCUCCAGCCGGAGAAUCUCAUGCGGAGUCUGCGAUCCUUCAUGGUGUACAUGCGUGAGUUGACGCCCAAGGAGUUGGGCUUUGAAUUGCCCAAUUCGGAGAAUCAUGACGCCGAUGCGGGAGAUUCGGCGGAUGAGGAAACAUCCACGGGAGCCGAGGAGGGGCUAAAAGAUGAUGAGGACACAAAGAGGAAGCCAAUGCGAUCGAGAAAUCAUCCCAAGAGUCGCUUUGAACCCUUUGUGGAUGACAUGAGCCCCGAAGAGGUGCUGGCGCAAGUUCAGAAAGCUGCCCGAACGGCAAAAUCGCGCGUCUUUACGCGCCAGCGAGCCCACAAAAUGGGCUUUCUGCGACAACACAAGGACGGUACGACGAGCAUGAAGAUUCUCCUGGAUAGCGAUGGGAAGUGUAGUGGGCAGGAACGCCUGAUUUCCCUGGGAGCCUUCACGGGGCGCCUCAAGCAGGGCACGGGGCAACUUCAGGGGAUGCGUGAAGAUCGUCGGAAUCUCGCAAAGACCGUAAAGCCACUCAAUUAUGGCGCCUUCAGUUCCUUCGCCCCAAUUUUCGAUUCACGCUUCGCUAAUCUCAGCAAAGAGGAAACUCAGCUCAUUCUCUCCACAUACGGCGAUGACAGUAGUGCCCAGUACGCAGAGAGUAUUCUGGAAUUCACAAAGAACAGCUCAUACGCCAGUUCCCUGGCCAAUGGGCUCCUGGACGUUCUCACGGGUGGGGAGCAUCGCAAGACAAUGGCUAAACUCAUGGAAUCCCAACGACAGCGUGCCGAAAAGGAGGAAGUUGAGAAAUCCUUCCCGGAUCCUGAUCCCCCGGAACGUCAAGCUGACUUGGCGUCCGUUGAUAUUGACUUCAAGAAGCUCCAAACGCUGUCAGAGCUGGGUAUUGAUGUGUCCUUCCUGGAGCACAUGGAGAAGCUGGCAAAGGAUUCGGACUAUGCGAAAAAGUUCCAGAGUCAACUCAAUGUGACAUCAACGUUGCUGGAGAAACUCCAUCAGGUGCAGUAUGAGAGACUCUCGCAACCACUUCCGGUGCAUUUGAGUCACGUCCAACCGCCUGGGAAUGAUGAGGUGCAACUCGCAACGCAAAUUACGUCGAAUAUCACGGAAAUGGCGAAAAAUCUUCCACCAGAGGCUAUCACGUCGCCCCAUGCUCUGCGAAAGGCCAUGGGGGUGUCCACAGCUGGCCUCGAACCCUUCCAGAUGCAGCGAGUAGCCCUUGUGGGGAAUGUUCAGGGAAUUCCACGAAUUUCAUGCAAUAUUUCACCUGAUAUGGACAUAACACCCGUACCCAUGGAGAUUGAACCCGAUUCCCUGGUGCAGCAUCACAAUCACAAUCACUCAAAUGUCGACAAUACCACCCCGGUGGAUCUGGAGACGGAACUAAGGGAAUUCCUCGAAGGUGGCAGUAGCAGUGAAGUGGAACAUGAUACAAGUAGCAUCGAACAGAUGCUUCUCAACUGAGAAUUCCUCGCUUUUUCUUUUUCUUUUUUAUUUUAAUUCUACUUUCUAUUUAAUUCUCUUCUUUCUCUUCUUGUUCUGUAUUUUUUUUGUGUGUGUUUUUCUUCUUGAUUUGUAUAAAUUAAAAAAAAAUUAAUUGGGUAAGAAAAAAAA